CCCACGUGAUUUCUGGAAAAAGCCAUGAACACUGGAGGCGGAUUCAACUUCAAAGGAUUUGGUACUCCUUCGACAAAUGCUCCAGGAGUUACAGCUGCCACACCCUCUGGGGGAACAGCCUCACCUGCAUCUGGCUUCAACUUCGGAGGAUCGUCUACCCCAUCUCUAGGGGGUUUGGCUGGAGCAGCUGCUUCUCCUUUGACUGGGUUUGGUACACCUGCAUCAACCAAGCCUGCUAGUCUCUUGUCACAAACUUUAGCAACUAGCACAGCAAAAACCACUGCUGGAGGUGGCUUGACUUUUGGUGGUGCAGCUACACCAGCUGCAGCAACCACAUCAGCCCCUUCUCUCUUAGGCACCCCAGGGGGGUUGCUAGGGUGUGCAACUUCUGGUGGACAAGGGGGGACUCCUGGGACAGUGGGAUCUGGCAGUCUCUUUGGGUCAACUUCUGUAGCUAAAACACAAGCUACAACUGGCUUCAGUUUGGGGACUACCACUACAGCUGGGUCAACAGGUCUCACAUUACCAGGACUAGGAGCCAAACCUAGCACUACCUCCACAGCAGCUCCUACAAGUAGCCUACAGACUGGCUUUAAUUUUGGUGUCAAGCCCACUGCUACAGGGACCGCAGGAAGUGCCACUUCUGGGUUUGGUUCCCUAGGAGGUGGAGGUUUAGGCAGUAAGACAACAGGCCUAGGGGGAGGUGCGACAGUUCUGGGAGGUACAGGGACAAGCGUCUUCAGCAACAUCGCAACAAAACCACAAACAACAGGUCUUGGUGGUGUUGAUCCUAAAACAUCACAGGCUGCUACAGGUGAAGCAGCCACGGAUGGUAAACCUGGGGAUGGCAAAGCUCUGAAGAAGACCUAUAUUCCACAGCCCAUCGUGGAAACAGUAGGGGAAUUUGAGAAGUAUGUUAAGGAAGAGAAAAAUGUCCAGGAUGACUUAGUGAGGAUGUCAUCCAAGCCAAUGUAUAAAGUCCAGGAAGAUGUGAUGGCUCUAAAGCAGCUCCUCUCUGUUGUUUCAAAUGGUGUCCAGCGCAAUACCUGUGCUGUUGAGAAACUGAAAAGGGAGAUGACUCAGGAACUUAAACAUGCUGAGAUGGCUCAGCGUACAAAGGACAUCCCGCCUGGUCUGCAGUAUGAGAACACUGCUCCAACAGAAUAUUUCCAACACCUUGUAGAGGACUUUGAACACCAAAUGUUACAGUAUAGACAACAGAUAGAGACUUUGGAGGGCCACUUAGCCUCCCUUCAUCAGCCUAGUAAACUCUCACCAGAGGAGUUGAUUGUUUUGAUGAGGAAGUUACAUGAAGCAUUCAUUGCUUUAGCAGCACAGCUACACCAUGUACACGAGGCAGUCAAGACACAAAAAGAUCACUACCUCAACUACAGAAAGAUUUAUCUUCAUGACAGUAAAAAUAUCUUCGAUCGUGAGAAAAAGGCAACUUCACAAGCCCAUCGCCAUCCUACCACACAGAUGGGUCCGAGUCCUUUUGCAGAUAUGUCUAACGCUGCUGCAAUUGCCAUGGCAUCGGCCUUAUCUAGGUCACAACAGCCUGCAGUAGCUGGGCCACCUGUGGCUGGACUAACAGGAGCAGGAGGAUUGUUUAAUAACCCAUCGACAACUACUGCUACAGGGUUUGGAUUUGGGACAAACACAGGAACCCAGGCCAGCUCUGCACCAGGUUUUGGAUUUGGUACAACUACGUCAUCAUCAUUUGGACUUCUAGGCUCAAAAGGCUUUGGGACCGCUGCCACGACAACUGUAGCUACCUCUGGUAGUGGUGGCUCGCUGUUUGGUGGCUCCAUUUUUGGCAGUACCAAUCCGACAGGCUUAGGGGGCACUGCCACCGUCAGACCUCUAGGUUUUGGGACAACCCCUCAGCCACUGGGAGGGUCCACUGGAUUUAACCUUAGUACCACACAGCAGACUCCUGGGUUGACUUUUGGGACCACACCUGCCUUUGGUGUGGCUGCACCAAAUGCAGAAACUCCUUUUCAGCUCAAUAAGCCCCCUCCCCCAGGCAGUAAGCGGGGUAAACGAUGAAGAGCUUACUGGAAUUACUUGACACUGGAGGGAAAUAUGUACAAGUUAAUGUUUAUUGUAAUGUCAUUGUCAUCAAUGUCAACACAACAGCAGAAAUUUCUUUCGUAGUAAAAUUGCAUUGGCUUCAAAUACAACACUGUACAGACAUGUGAUUCUCCACAACAGCAAUAGUACUUCAUGAAGUUUACAGUGUCUACUGUUGCAAGUUAUUAAUUAUAUAUGAACUUGAAAUGACAUUACAAUUCUGGUAUUUACUAGGUUGUAAACAUCAUUGUAAAUAAAAAUAACAUUGGA